AUGGGGUCUGGUAACAUCAGUUCGGCUGCAAAUCCAUCACCUGGACUGGGAGCAGCUUCCAGACACAUACAAACAGCCUCCAUUGUCAUCUACUGUGUGAUUUUUAUAGUUGGAACUCUGGGCAAUGCUCUGGUUAUCUAUGUGACGGGCUUCAAAAUGAAGAAAACAGUGGAAACAGUUUGGUUUCUCAACUUGGCCAUAGCUGACUUCCUCUUCACAGCCUUCCUGAUUUUCUCAGUCAUUUCUCUCUCUCAGAGUCACCAGUGGCCUUUUGGACAAUUCAUGUGCAAGCUCAACAACUUUGUGAGUUUAGUCAACAUGUUUGCCAGCAUCUUUACUCUGACAGCUAUGAGUUUGGAUCGUUAUUUGUCCAUCUGGAUGGUGGUGUGGGCACACAACAAGCGCACAGUCUGCAAAGCUCGGCUCAUAUGUGUUGGUAUCUGGGUGACUGCUGCAAUCUGCAGCACUCCUUAUGCCACUUUUCGCACCGUGUUAGGAGAUAAUGGGACAUAUUACUGUGGUUAUUCUAUGACACAUGAACAAAAAUGGAGUCUCCACAUUUUUCGCUUUCUUAUGGGCUUUGUGAUCCCAUUCCUGGUAAUAGUCGUCUCUUAUGUGGCCAUAGGCAUACGUGCAAUGCGCAUGCAGAGAACAAGGAGAAGGAGAUCUCGCAGAAUCAUUUUUGCCAUCAUUUUUGCAUUCUUCAUCUGCUGGUUACCCUUCCAUGUUUUUAAUUUUAUAGAAAUAAAGGCUGUGACUAACCCAGACCUCCGGAUCAUUGUUAGAAUCAUGGGUCCUCUGACUGUGAGUCUGGCUUUUCUGAACAGCUGCCUGAACCCCAUCCUCUAUGUUUUCAUGUGUGAAGAAUUCAUGAAGAAGCUUCGGCAGUCCAUAUGUUUUGUACUUGAGAGUGCUCUGGCAGAGGAUCACAUGUCAUUUUUGUCCACUCGCUCCAUGUCAACCUUUUCAAAUACCACCCAAAAGUCAGCCGCUGCUCCAACUUCAAAGAGGACUGACACGGCCGAUUUGAAAUCCUUCACAGAAAGCAAAGUGACCGUCACUGAGGAGACACCGAGCACUGAAUAA